AAUGCAAAAGAGCAAACCCGAUAGAAAACUUUCCAUAGUUAUUUGCUUGUAACUUCCUUGCAAAACUAUUUGUUUUCAUGUCAUUUCAUAACAAUUCCAACCAUUUUUCGUUGAGUAUUUUGUUUUCCCACACAAAAUGAACUGAUUUUUUUUUUUUUUUGGGAAAUAAGAAAACACUCUCAUAUUUUUCAGCGAAGGUUUAACUUUAAAAUGCACUAAUUUAAAAUGUGAACCAUACUCUUCUUGUUCCUAGCUUCUGGGUUCUGACUUCUGACAGCUUCAAUGGCUUCCCUCCAAAUUCUUCAUUUCUUCACAAAAUGACUUCCGCAAGUCAAACCUGUAAAAUUCAAAUUCCAUACUGUUUGUUUUCUGGGUUUUUAUUUUUGACGUUGCACACAAGAAAUGAACACUAUCAAACCAUCUUCCCCUUACAUUCGUCCAAUCCCAUCAAUGGUUCUCAAUGCACUUCAUUGUACCCAAUCUAAACCUAACCCAUCAUUCUCACCCAAAUACCCAUCAAUUUUAGCUACUAAUAUCAUCAAAUCAUACUUUGACAAGGGUGUAAUCAAGGAAGCACGCAAACUGUUCGACGAAAUGCCUGACAGAGAUGUUGUUACCUGGACGGCCAUGAUAACUGGUUACACAUCCUGCAAUUACGAAUCCUUUGCUUGGAAUAUAUUCUAUGAGAUGUUGAAGGAAGGGGUUAAGCCGAAUGCAUUUACAGUUUCCAGUGUGUUGAAGUGUUGUAAAGGGAUGAAGUGUUACUCUUGUGGGGCUUUGGUUCAUGGACUUUCUGUUAAGCAUGGUUUGGUGGGUUCCAUUUAUGUGGAUAACUCUUUGAUGGAUGUUUAUGGUACGUGUUGUAGUUCUAUGGAUGAGGCAUGCUUGGUUUUUCGCGAUGUCUAUCCGAAAACUAGUGUUUCAUGGACAACUUUGAUUGCAGGAUACACUCAUAGAGGUGAUGGAUAUGGUGGACUAAGAGCUUUCCAGCAGAUGUUAUCUGAGGGAGCUGAGCAAAGUGCAUUUAGUUUCUCAAUUGCUGUAAAAGCUUGUGCUUUGACUGGCGCGAGUUCCCAUGGCGGGCAACUACAUGCCACAAGUGUUAAAUAUGGACUUAAUUCAAGUCUACCUGUCAUGAAUUCCAUUAUAGACAUGUAUUGUUGGUUUCAAUGUCUAUCAGAAGCUAGUCAAUGCUUCAAUGAGAUGCCUCAGAAGGACAUAAUAUCCUGGAACACUUUGAUUUCUGGCUACAAAAGAUCAAAUUCUACCAUGUGUCUUUCUCUAUUUACCUCAAUGGAGUCACAAGGUUUUACUCCGAAUUGCUUCACAUUCACGAGUGUUGUAGCAGCAUGUGCCGAUUUAUCAAUUUUAACUUGUGGGCAGCAAAUUCAUGCAAAUAUUCUCCGUAAAGGUCUUGAUAGGAACAUGGCAAUAGGGAAUUCCCUCAUAGAUAUGUAUGCAAAAUGUGGAAGUAUUAGUGAUUCAAGGAAAAUAUUUGAGUUGUUGUCUUUUAAAGACUUGGUUUCUUGGACCUCUAUGAUGAUUGCUUAUGGAGUACAUGGUUAUGGAGUGGAAUCUGUCAAAUUGUUCGACGAAAUGGUGAAAUCAGGCAUCCGUCCUGAUAGAGUCGUGUUCAUGACUGUUCUAAGUGCUUGCAGCCAUGCUGGUCUUGUAAAUGAAGGUCUUAUGUAUUUUGACUCAAUGAAAACAGAGUAUAAUAUAAUUCCAGAUCAGGAUAUAUACGGAUGUGUGGUAGAUUUACUGGGGCGAGCUGGGAAAGUUGAAGCAGCUUAUGAACUGAUACAAAAUAUGCCGGUAAAUCCCAAUGACUCUGUUUGGGGGGCACUUCUUGGAUCUUGUAAGGCACAUAAGCUUCCAAAUCUGGGUAAGUUGGCUGCCCAAUUUAUGUUAGAGGCUAAGCCGGAUAUGGCUAGGACUUACCUGUUGCUGUCAAAUUUGUAUGCAUCAGAAGGGGAAUGGAAAGAUUUUGCGAAAAUGAGGAAAUUAAUGAAAGGAUUAGGAGGUAGGAAAGAGCCUGGUUGUAGUUGGAUUGAGUUGAAAAAUGAUGUUUACAGCUUUGCGGUUGGAGAUAAGGUAGGGCCUCAAACUGAGAGGGUUUACGAGGUUUUGAGCAUGAUGAUUCUGCAUAUGGAAGUAGCAGGAUAUGUUCCUGAUAUAGACUAUUCUUUACAUGAAUUUGAAGACGGGAUAUCAUGAAAGGCACACUCUGAUCACAUGUUCAGUAACGCUUAUACAUGGAUUGCAUCUGUUUAUACAUGGAUUGCAUCUGUUUUGUGGGAGAAAAUUGGAAAUCUGGGUUGCAUAGCAAAUUGUUGCAGAAUGAGUGUUGACUGAAGGAACGGAGCGUUGUAGAAUAUAGGACAUGGAAGUAUAAAUCAAGUCAUUCUGGAGGAUUUGUCAACCGAAGGUGAAAUUUUCAUUUCUAAGCAAACAUUUCAGAGCAGGAACUCAGAAACACAUACAAUUAUACAAAGUUACAUUCUGAAUCAUCUAUCCUUUAUCCUUUGGUAACAUUUUAUGCAGGGUUGAGGACUUGAGGCCUCUGUUAUCGAACUAUUUGCUGAUGCAGAUUGCUUGAUUAAAUCCACUCAAGUUUUGUCUCAUUCUCAUCAUAGUAAGUUUGAUCCUGGAAUUGUGGUAGCUCAAGCAGGUUGUUUUGGAAGCAGGAAAACCUAAUAGUAAGUUUGAUCCUGACAUUAUCUGAAAUGUGCCAGAAUAUUCAGAGUAUUUGUUCUCUGAAAAAACUUUCACAACUGGUUAUUGGAGGAAGCGAGGAAGCCCAAAACUUAUAUUUAAGAGAAUUUGCAGAAGUGGAAACUGUUGAGUUUAGGAGCAUUUUGUUUGCAUCUAAAGGAGAGAAGCGCAAAGAGAGAUGAUUGGGGAAAGGUCACUUGAAAGAAUUAUGGAACCAUCAACUCAGAAAUCAGAUAGAUGCCACUCAGCUGUACUUUGUGCAUGAAAUUUCUGAAAUCCUGAUAUUUCUCCUUUUGAGAAGGUAAAUAACCUGUAUAACUUCCUUCUAUGUCUCGGAUUCAAACCAGCAGGCAGCAGUCAUCAUAGGCUGCCAUGGUUUCAGAAAAGAUAUUAUUCGCAUUUUGUAUAAUUUCCACUCUUUUUGUAUAAGAAAUCUCCCAUGUAUACUCACUACACAUCCACAGAAAGCUGUUUCUUCAUGUCCGAAUUUCAGUAA